AAUGUGUCAUAUAAACACAUUUUACUGUCUGGAGAUAUUGAAUCAAAUCCAGGUCCGGUAUCAAAUAACAGAACAAUAUGCAAUGGAGGAUCUAAUUCUCUGUUGAAUUAUAGAUUACUUAGGUAUCAGUUAAGACCACUAGAUGUUGGUGGAGGGGGUGACUGCUUCUUUAGAUCAGUAUCUCAUCAGUUAUAUGGUGAUUCAAGUCAUCACCAUGAAGUUAGAGCAGCUGGUGUUCAGUAUCUUAGAGACAAUCCUGAACGAUUUAUAGAAAGCAUAGUAGAUACAUCAUGGUUGCGAUAUAUAUCUUAUAUGUCUUUGGAAGGAACAUGGGCUGAUCACAUUAUUAUACAAGCUGUAGUUGAUGCACUAAAUUUAAGGAUCCACAUGAUAGAGUCAAGUGACAAUUUUAGAGAUAUGAGUUUGGUGGAAGCAGUAAAUACCAAAAAUGAUCAAAGAUCCAUAUACAUAGCACACAUAGGUGAGAUUCACUACAUCUCAACAUGUUCAGAAUUUUCUGAAAGGAAUUCAAAUUAAACUGACACAGGGGACUUGUGUAUUGAUUCUUGUAAAUCCACUGAAAGCAUCCAAAAAAGAAAGUGCAGUUCUAACAUAACAGAGUACAAAAAGAAAAGAUUGUCAGAAAAUGGCAUCAACAGUGAAAAUGCUUACAAUACUAUUGGUGAAUGUCAAACAAGCAAAACCAAAAAGAAGAAAGAGCAAAAAGCUAGCUUUGAGACAAUAUAGAGCGGCUAAAUCAUCAGUUGAGGAAAAAGAAAGGCAAAGGAUAAACAAGAAAAAUUACAGGGCAUCUAAGACAUCAAUGGAAAAUAAGGAAAAACAUAAUGAAUAUAAGAAACACUAUGGGGCAUCAAAGAGAUCUGCAGAGCAAAAAACUAAAAAUAAUGAAUACAUGAAAAAAUAUAGAGCAUCAAAGCGAUCUGAUAAGGAAAAGGCUUAA